CCCACACGAAAGGUGGAUAGAUAUGUCUGUGCUUGAGAAGGAGUCGGUAAGUCAGGAUCGCGAGAGGGCCCAACUCGAAGCCCAAAUUUCGGCUCUUGAGGCGGACGUAGCUCAAUGGGACGAUUUUCUUCCCCAGAUUGCAAAGCUUUUGCUCCCAAAGCGUCUGUUGUUACAGCCGGACAAUAUGAUGACAAGCAUACCGAAACCGUUUAAUGUCGCAUCAAGCGUCCCCGCCCCGCCCCCUUUGUUAGGUUUGCCUCAGAGUAGGGACAAUGGGCCUACGGGAUCCCAUCGUGCCUCAAAGGGCCUUCUUGCCCCGAAUGGUCUACCUGUCCCAAUUCCAUCUACCAUCACUAUUCCCAUACCCAGCAAUGCACCGAUUUUCAAUAACUUGCCCGGACCAAGCAACCCUCCUGGCCCAAGUAUUCCCCCGACACAGAAAGAUCGGGAUGUUCUGACAAAAUUGCCUAAGAGCCUGUUAUAUGAUGGGCAGAGCAAUUGGUUUGUUUUUCAGAGCAAGUUUGAGCGCUACGCAAGGGUGCAAGAUUGGUCUGACGCAGAAUGCGCCGAUUGCCUUGGUUGGUGUUUGACAGGAAAGGCGGUCGAUUUCUAUGCGUUGCUUACCGAAGGGAGAGGGGCGGUACCUUACGCAGAGCUAAUGCAGCGACUGCAGGAGCGUUUUGGCGCCAGGGAGCUUACCGCCACCGCGCAGGGCCGUUUCCACGUUGCCCAUCAGGAAGUAGGCGAGUCCCUAGACAAUUGGUCAGAUCGGGCGCUGAAGCUGGCAACAGCGGCGUUUCGUGAUCUGCCCUAUGCAUACGCCGCUGAACAGGCAGUGACGAAGUUUUGUCACGGUUUGAUUGACGAGGAGGCCGGCAAGCAUGUUAGUCUGCAGUUACCAACAUCUAUGGGAGAUGCGAUGAACAUGCUGAAGAUAUAUAGCCAUGUUCAGUCGGCUUGCGCCGCGGCUCCGAGGUAUACCCAGGAGACUGAGCAAGAAGAGUCAAGGUGGGUUCACGAGGUGAAGAAAGCACCCACUGCGGAUGAGGUCAGUGUGUCGGCGGUCGACAAAUUGACCCAGGUGGUCGAGAAGUUGCUUGAUGCUGUGGAGAGAUUGUCAAACUCUUUUGGAAGUUCGGCCGUUGAUCCAGUUGUCCGACAACCGGGUAAGCCGUUUCGAAAUAAAAAAGGCUAUGCCGAAUACCCUGUGGAGUGCCCCUACCCAGGGAAGGUCAGGAACCGGUGGUACAACGACCAACGCCAGGUUAUGUAUCCUUCGGGUGCGGGUGGCGGAGGUUUACGUGGGCAUCGAAACCAAAAUUCAAAAGUCCGCCCUGAGGGAUCGUAUCGCGGCAGAUAUGGUUCCAACUGGGGACAUUUCCACGCCAUGUCCUUGCCCAACCAUAAGGAGAAGGAGCCCGUUGUGGUAGCUGCGACGACUAAGCAGUUGGGCCAACCGGAAGUGGAUCAUGUAAACCAGCUAGGUCCGGUUUCCCAGUUCUGCAUGAAGGUGCAGCAUGCCAAGGACGUGCACGAUGCAGUUCCCUUGGUGCUGCCAACAGUGCCAGAUGUCGUCAGUGAUCCAAGGAUGGUCAUUGGCGAGAGCACUGAAGGAGACCAUGGAGAUCCUGUGUGCGAUGAUUAAUUUCGCGUGCAGCGCGUUGCGGUUCAGUCUGCGGAGGCGGCUAAAAGCAUGGCGACCGACAGGGCCGGCCAGGUGGGGGCCAAAAUAGCCCAACGAAAAGCUGCUGAAACUACUCCGGCCACCGGAAGGCCAGUCCCUGUCAGACGGGCGACAGAAGUUGCCGCGUGUGACCGCCGUGAGGGCGGCGCAUGCGGAUGCCGAGUUACCCCAGAUGACAGCUGGGAAGGUGGUGUUCGAAGACUUGUUAUGCGUGGUUCCAAAGGGUGGCGACCCUCUAGUUCUCGCCGCUGGGAGCGGUCCCAGCGGUGGAAAAUAGGGUGGCGACCACCAGAGCGUCUAACUUCCAAAAUCUGUACCGCCUAAAAUUGUAAAUGGCGAGGUUACUUGUUAGUAAAACUAGGAAAACAAUGCAAAAUACAAAAGACCCCCAAUUUAAAAAAUUUACAGUAAAGUUGCAGUGACAUUCUAUUCGCGGUGUUGAUAAUGUAUUACGGUGUACGCGGAGUAUCUCUAGUAGUAACACUAAAAGCAGCAGCAGUAGUAGUAGUAGUAGUAGUAGUAGUAGUAGUAGUAGUAGUAGUAGUAGUAGUAGUAGUAGUAGUAGUAGCGGUAGUAGUAGUGGUAGUAGUAGUCGUAGUAGUAGUAGUAGUAGUAGCAGAAGUAGUAGUAGUAGUAGUAGUAGUAGUAGUAGUAGUAGUAGUAGUAGUAGUAGUAGUAGUAGUAAAAGCUGUUGUUAUGAAUAUUACAUAAAGUACGCGGUGUAUAAAAGUAAUAGUUCUCUUAAACAUUUUGAUUAAUUUGAUUAGAUUGUUUUGAAUAUAUAUGUCCUAUUGUCUCAGUUUAAGCCCAGUCUUUUAUUGCAAUAUUGUUGGAACUAUAAAAUUGAAAUUAAUCUGAGCAGUGCUCUGCGAAAUGGGGGUUUAAUGAAUAGGCAUAAAGUGUCGUCCCAAAUUAUCUUGUGCCGUCCGCGCUUAACUUCCUGUAAUUUUUGUAUUACCGCGCUAAGAAGUGCUUUGCACAGUCACGGAUGUGUUUGAUUAUUUCCCGUGAAGUAUGUUGGGUUUUUUUUCCUUAUGGUCGGGUGUGACAUUGUCGGACAUUGUCGGACGACCGCUGUCACACCGCACCAUCGGAUGUUGUAACUACGCAGAUGGUGAAUAGGAACCCGGUUUCCCCUGCAAUAUCCCAGUCUUGGCACCUCCGUCACCUUUUAUCCUUCCAUGUUAAGAUUUGUGAGUCGAUCUAACUUCAAUCACUUCGUCAUUGCUGUAUCAUGUCAUUUAUUACCGUAAUUUUCUAUAAAUUCUUUUCUACCAACCAUAUGCUGAGCAAUGUCGUAGAAUUUUGCCGCAUGAGUUUGUUUUUUAUAGGUGACAGUGCUUGACGACCACUGUCACACUCAAUACUGUUGGCCGGAAGUGGUAUUUCCCGGAGUUGUUCUUUUAAACAAUAUUUGCAGGUCUUUUUUAAUUUGUGUGUGACCGUGCUUGACGGCAACUGUCUCUAGCUUUGAUUUUUUGAAUGGCCGGAGAUGUUUCCCGGUGCAUGUACACUUUUAUUUUGUUUUUAUUUUUGUAAAGUACAUUAUUUCUCAGUGGGAUCUCCAUAUUCUAAUACAUAACUGACUGUACUUGUUGGACGAAAGCCAACAAGAAUGUUUUUCCUUGAUUAAGCAAUUGUCGGACGAUAGCCGACAAUAAUGUUGUUUUUUUUAAUUAACUAAUGUGAUGGAAAUGUUCUUAUGCAAGAAACAUAUUGGUCACUAACCGCUAGAAUGCAGCGGUCUGUAUGUACCCCGCUAUGCGCUGGCACUCCUUUGCCUGCGGGAGGGGGAUCAUGGUCCCAUUUGAGUUUCUGUCUCUUCUGCCUUGGGUGCGACCGUACGGCGGCGGCCCAAGAGGAGAAAAGUGGGAGGAAUGUAGUGGGUACAAUAGUUUUAUUUUAGUUGUCUUUUACUCCAUAUAAUGUCAAUGAUUAUGUUGCAAAAUGUACGUUCUCUAUUUGAAAUUAAAAGCAAUUGUAUGUAUUAUUUGGACAAAAAUAAGAUUAUUUGUAUUCUUAUAUUUUUAACCUUUUUGUCACUUUUAUCGUAUAUUAUGCAAUCACAUGCAGAGGGCGUAGGCCUUCUCAUUUGGGCUGCGAGGGGAUGUAUUUGAAUGAUAUUUUAUGAUUUUAUUUGAUAAGUUAUUUUAUUUGUUAAAAUUUGUGAAAAUGGAUUGUAAGGUGGGUGCUCCUGUCCAUUCAUUGUGUAGACAAGGGGGGACAGGACUAGCCUGACCUUGUUUUUUUUAGAAUAUUGGGUCGAAAAGCUUUGGUAAGGCACCUGGUUUGAUUUUUGUAUUGAUACACUCGGGUUUGGGGGCGUGUUGGGGCACUUGAGUUGAUGGUGUGCUAUUUUUGUUGGUACGGGCCGGUUUGUUUAAAUUAUAAAUAUAUACAGGAUGACCUGUCGCUGGAUAUUAAACAUUUGUUUUUGUGUAGUGUUUUAAUAAUUAUAUUACAGGCCAAUGGGUACUGACGUUUAAUGGAGAUGCAUUAACUUUAGGUGUGGUCUAUGGCAGGCGUUGCGCCAAAAGAGAGGUCGGACGAAAGCUAUACCUGACUUAGGGGAGUUGGGUCAAGGUGCUUACGCAAGGGGCACUAUUACUUCAUCGGUAGCGCCGGUACGAUUCCUUCGCUGUGUGGCGUCGUCCCAAAAGGACAAAAGUGGGAGGAGUGUUGUGCCGGUGCCCGGUCUACAAAAUGCGCACAUACCUCGUGAUUGGGAACCAGCGACAAAUUGCUUGGAGUAAUUGUGAGCCUGAUGAACGGACACAAGUCGAGAUCAAGAGAUUUAUCCAGAUUCAUUCUGCAGUCAUCACAGCACCAGCUAUGAACACGUUCAUAUUUGCGCUGCUAAUCUUUGGCUUCGUCGCAAUGACUACAGUGGAGGGCGGCAGAAGAGGUGGUGUUAUUGCCGGUGGCCAAUUCAGUGGCGGUAUAAUCGGCGGUGGAGGCGGACAUGGCGGUGGCGGCGUCAUAGCCGGGGGCAGUGCAUCGGGCGGCAUCGCGGCAGGUGGAAACAAUGGCAACGGCGGCUUCAUUGCAGGAGGAAGCGCCAGCGGAGGCGGAAUUUUCGGACGUCCAGGCUAAGAUCGACAUGAAAAAAAGACGAGUUUACAUAGUGAAACCGCGUCAACCCUUAUUACAUGAUUAUUGUAUGUAACCUAAUUAUGAUAAUCUAAUAUCAAUUACAUAUUUAGCCAAAUAAGUUAGAGCUUGAAUAAAAGACAAAAAGGAA